AUGGUGCGUCCCUCAGCUCCUCCUCACAAAGGGGGUGUCCCCUGGCCAGGGCCCCUGCUCACAGUCUCACUUUUAACCUUCUGGAACUUGCCCCUUGCUGCCCAACUUACUAUUGAAUCCAUGCCGGUCAAUGCUGCCAAAGGGAAAAGCGUCCUUCUGCUCGUCCACUAUCUGCCAGAGAAUCCCUAUGGAUACAGCUGGUACAAAGGGGAACAGAUAAAGCUCAACCACCAAAUUCUAGCAUAUGUAAUACAAAGUCAAACAACUCACCCAGGGGUGGCCCAUAGCGGUCGAGAGACAAUAUACCCCAAUGGGACCCUGCUCUUCCAGAACGUCACCGAGGAGGACUCAGGAACUUACACCCUACGAGUCCUACAGAAAAAUCUUCAGAGUGAGCGAGCGUCUGGGCAAUUUCGUGUCUACCGGACAGUGGCCAAACCCAGCAUCGCAGCCAACAGCACCGUGGUCAGAGAACACGAGGACACUGUGACAUUUACUUGCUAUGGGAGUGACAGAAGGGCCCCUAUUCAGUGGUACUUCAAUGGCCAGAGACUGCAGCUCUCUGAGAGAAUGAAGUUGUUCCAAGACAAUAGGAUCCUCAUCAUCAGUGGCGUAAGGAGGGAGGAUGCAGGGUCCUAUCAGUGUGAAGCCUCCAACUUAGUCAGUGUCUGCAGAAGCGACCCCAUCACCCUGAGCGUGAACACACAAGAACAAGCCCUGGGCCUCUCUUCUGGGGCCAUUGCUGGCAUUGUGACAGGGGUCCUCGUUGGGGUGGCUGUGGCAGCUGCCCUGGGCUGUUUCCUGUUCUUCACCAGGACUGGAGGGUAG